AUGCAUUUAUUUGAGAAAAACUCUUUGAUUUUCCUACUAUGUAUCUUUCAUUGCGUCCAAGCAAGGCCAACGGAUCGUACUACAGGCGAACCAUCAACAAGUGGUAGAGAAAAAGCAGAAGACCUUGAAGCCAUCACUGCACAAGGACAAAUAUUUGCAGACCAUGCAACUAGAGAAAUUCAAAGAAGGAUGGGACAUUCAAAUCCAUUAAAUGUUUCCGAAAAUAUUGAAGCUUUGCAGUAUUGUAUCGAACAAGCAGGUUGUUAUUCACCAAACGGGUUUUAUCAUUCAAGUCAUUUAGCAGCAGGUAAAAUCGUAACGGAAAAAGCCACAGAAUUAGCGAGAGGAAAUCGGCAAGGGAGUCCUACUUCGUCAGGCACAGCAAACAGCCCCAGCACACAUGGUCGUGAUCAUUCCCCAUCAAAAUCGACUUCUGCGGCAACAUCUUCAUCACAAAGUAAGCCAAAAGGUCAAAGUCACCCCGGCUCCAGCUCCAAGAAAGGACGGAAGAAGCACAAAAGAUGAAGAGCCAUUAUCAUAGUGCAUUCUCUUGUACACCUCACGGAUACCAAUCCAGUUCCUUCGUUUGUGCGAUGCUGUCUUCUAGUGAGAGUGACUGAUUACAUAAUUCUCUUCUUUCGGCGCAAACGGGGCGGGAUAAGCGGAUUUUCCUAAAAAGCGCGUGGUAUACUGACAUUUCGCCUUCCUUGCCUUAGUAGCCGGAUCGGAUCUG